AAGACCUUUCCGGAGAAAAUACGUCUCCGUCUGUAAAUCUCUCUCCUCCACGAUUUUCGUUGUCUGGAAGAAUACUCUAGAAUUCCUCCUCUAUGUCAUCUAAAAUCUAUCUAUUCCGUUAAACAAGAGAAAGAACCUGUGAGAGUGAGAUAGUAGGUGGUAGUGGUAAUGGCGGGAAAUGAUUGGAUAAAUAGUUAUUUAGAAGCAAUUCUUGAUGUAGGAGGACCAGCAAUCGAUCAACAGGGAAAAAAACCAGAUGUGAAAUCAAAAUCAUCUUUAUUGCUUAGAGAAAGAGGAAGAUUUAGUCCUACUACUUAUUUUGUUGAAGAAGUUAUUACUGGUUUUGAUGAGACUGAUCUUCAUAAAUCAUGGCUCAAGGCUGCGGCAACGAGAAGUCCUCAAGAGAGGAAUACGAGAUUGGAAAAUAUGUGUUGGAGGAUUUGGAAUUUGGCUCGUAAAAAGAAACAGAUUGAGGGGGAUGAAGCUCGCCGUAGUGCUAGGAAGCAUCUUGAACGUGAAAAAGGCCGAAGAGAGGCAACUGCUGAUAUGUCUGAAGAUUUAUCAGAAGGAGAAAGAGGAGACCAUGUUAGUGACAUUUCUGCUCAUGGUGAAAGCCAUAGAGGCAGAAUGCCCAGAAUCAGCUCUGUUGAUGUGAUGGAUGCGUGGGCCAGUCAACAGAAGGAGAAAAAAUUGUACAUUGUGUUAAUAAGUCUACAUGGUCUCAUACGGGGUGAGAAUAUGGAGCUUGGUCGUGAUUCUGAUACCGGUGGUCAGGUUAAAUAUGUUGUGGAACUCGCAAGGGCACUUGCCUCAAUGCCCGGUGUGUAUCGGGUUGAUUUGCUUACAAGACAAGUAUCAGGCCCAGAUGUGGACUGGACUUAUGGGGAACCAGCAGAGAUGCUUCCUCCUAGAGGUUCAGAAGAUCAUGAGUUGGGAGAGAGUAGCGGUGCAUAUAUUGUUCGUAUACCGUUUGGUCCAAGAGAUAAAUACAUUCCUAAGGAACUCCUAUGGCCACAUAUUCCAGAAUUUGUCGACGGUGCACUUAACCAUAUAAUACAAAUGUCCAAAGUAUUAGGGGAACAGAUUGGUGGAGGGGAUCCAGUUUGGCCUAUUGCCAUACACGGGCACUAUGCAGAUGCUGGUGACUCUGCUGCUCUUCUCUCUGGUGCUUUAAAUGUACCCAUGCUUUUUACGGGCCACUCUCUUGGCCGUGAUAAGCUGGAACAGUCUCUGAAACAAGGACGCCUGUCAAGAGAAGAAAUAAACGCGACAUACAAAAUAAACCGUAGGAUAGAGGCUGAAGAGCUUUGUCUUGAUGCUUCAGAAAUUGUUAUUACUAGCACCAGGCAAGAGGUAGAAAAACAAUGGAGCUUGUAUGAUGGCUUUGAUGUCAUACUUGAGCGCAAAUUGCGAGCGAGGAUUAAGCGUAACGUUAGCUGUUAUGGAAGGGUCAUGCCUCGUAUGUUUGUAAUACCUCCUGGGAUGGAGUUCAAUCAUAUUGUACCACAUGAUGGUGAUAUUGAUGGGGAAUUAGAAGCAGAUGAAGAUAAUCCCGCUUCUCCCGACCCACCUAUAUGGUCCGAGAUAAUGCGGUUUUUCACCAAUCCUCGCAAGCCUAUGAUCCUUGCGUUAGCUAGGCCGGACCCCAAAAAGAACAUCACAACAUUGGUCAAAGCAUUUGGAGAAUGUCGUCCUUUGAGGGAGCUUGCCAACCUUACGUUAAUACUUGGUAACCGUGAGGACAUCGAAGAAAUGUCAAGCACAAAUUCAUCUGUUAUGCUCUCAAUACUUAAACUAAUUGACAAGUACGAUCUGUAUGGUCAUAUUGCAUAUCCUAAACACCACAAGCAACCUGAUGUUCCUGACAUUUAUCGUCUUGCAGCAAAGACAAAGGGUGUCUUCAUUAAUCCAGCUUACAUUGAACCCUUUGGGCUAACUCUCAUAGAGGCUGCUGCUUAUGGUUUGCCUAUUGUAGCUACAAAUAAUGGUGGCCCAGUUGAUAUACACCGGGUUCUUGACAACGGUAUCCUUGUUGACCCACAUGAUCAGCUUGCCAUUGCCGAUGCUCUCUUGAAGCUCGUUGCUGAUAAGCAACGCUGGGCAAAAUGCCGGCAGAAUGGACUGGAGAAAAUCCACCUCUUCUCAUGGCCAGAGCACUGCAAGACUUACCUAUCUCGCAUAGCCAGUUGCAGACCAAGGCAGCCACAGUGGCAAAGAACUGACGAAUUUGAGAAUUCAGAGUCAGAUUCACCUGGUGAUUCUUUGAGGGAUAUCCAAGACAUAUCAUUAAACCUAAGGCUUUCACUAGAUGGAGAGAAAUUGGAAGAGAGUGGAUCUCUUGAUAAUGCUUUAGAGAGUGUGGAUAAUUCUGCUAACAGUAAGAAUAGGAAAAUACAGAAUGCUGUAUUUGCAUGGUCAAAGGGUAUGCAAGAUGCUCGAAAGGCUGGAUCCACUGAAAAAGCAGAUCAUAAUAACACAUCUAAUAAAUUCCCUGCGUUGAGGAGGAGGAAGCAUAUCUUUGUGAUCGCCGUCGAUCAUGAUAAUGAUGCAGAUAUUAUGGGAACCAUUAAGAAUGUUUAUGAGGCAGCAAGCAAGGAGAGAACCUCAGGUUCAAUUGGGUUCAUCCUCUCAACAGCCUUAACCAUAUCCGAGAUACACACCUUGUUGGUCUCUGGAGGAUUAAAUGCCACUGAUUUUGAUGCUUUCAUCUGCAAUAGCGGUGGGGAUCUCUACUAUCCUUCUUUAAACUCAGAAAAUCACUCUGGGCUUCCUGUUGAAGUUGAUUCAGAUUACCAUUCGCAAAUUGAAUACCGUUGGGGUGGAGAAGGUUUGAGGAAGACUUUAGUUCGUUGGGCAGCUUCUAUUGUUGAAAAGGAAGGAGAAAAAGAUAAACCAGUUGUUCUUGAAGAUCCCCAGAGAUCUACCACCUAUUGCUAUUCGUUUAAAGUGGAAAACCCAUCAUUGAUUCCCCCUGUUAAGGAGCUUCGGAAGUUGAUGAGAAUCCAGGCUCUUCGUUGUCAUGUCGUAUACUGUCAGAAUGGGACCAAGGUCAAUGUAAUUCCUGUACUGGCAUCACGAGCACAAAGUCUUAGGUAUCUAUACAUUCGAUGGGGAAUAGAAUUGUCCAAUAUGGUCGUUAUUGCUGGAGAAUGUGGAGACACAGAUUAUGAAGGAAUGCUUGGAGGGAUUCAUAAGACUAUAGUAUUGACUGGAGUUUGCAAAAACGCACGUACUCGUCUUCACUCUAUCAGGAGUUACCCACUGGAAGAUGUUAUCCCGUAUGAAAACUCCAACAUUGUGCAUACAGGUGAAGGUUUCAGCAGCAACGACAUAAGGGUGGCACUUGGAGAACUUGGUGUUAUAAAGUCUUAGAAGAGUGCAGAUCCACUGCUUGCAGCUUAUCAUGUAAAUAAAGAAACUCUUGCGAGAAAAGCGUUUUAUCACCAUAUGAACUUACUAUACACAACGCUUCAGAUAGUCUACACCUGGGAACCACAUCGAAGAAUCUCUUGGUAGUUCCCUUAUAAAAUUCAGAUAGUCUACACCUGGGAACCACAUCGAAGAAUCUCUUGGUAGUUCCCUUAUAAAAUAAUAAGUUUUCUUGUUUCACUUCUUUCCUUACUUCGAACGGAAUUCCUUUUUGUGAGAAACAGUUGAGUCAGUUGACUGUUUGAGUUUGUUAGAAAGCUGUUCUCAUCAACUUCUUUAAACUGUAGCGCGACAUGGUAUCUCCUGAUAGGAGGAUGUUGAAGGUCAUAAUUGUGAUUUUCCUUUCGCUUUUGUUAUAAAAUGCAGAUUUUACUCUGCUACAUGAAGCGCAAAACUGUGCUGGUCUUUCUUCUUUGUUCAGUGACACUUUGAUGUUUGUAGAGGAAAUGUGAAUGAAAAGUACUCUUGAGGCUAGUAUUUAUACGCAAUAGCAUUUUAGUUCGUUCGGUGCCAA